GGUGUGUAUUGUUUGAUGGAUUUUUUGGUACGUUAUAAGUAUCAGUCAGGUAACUUUCACAUCGAAUGCUUUCAAUGAUCAAUAGAUUGUGACAAAAGCUUUUCCUUUUAUUUGACCUGCGUGGUAUCUUGCGUGACACUUAAUGAAAAACCAAAAGCUUACAGUGAAGUCGAUUCUGUUGGUCUCUCGGUCCUGCAUUUCUCACACAAAUCAGCUUAGUGUGCAACACAAACAGUUUACUGCUUUUUCCAUGAGAUUGGAAUGGUGAACGAUGAUAGACAGUACUGCAGGCCAAAGCAAAGGCAGAGCUCCUUUGGAAGCCCCACCCACCCAUGGCUUUUGUUGUUGACGUGCAAUUGUCCUGCCCAACUGGUAACUUCAGCUUCACCAGUGCAGUGAUGCUUCAGUGCAAUGACAUGCAUGGUGGUUUUAUGAGUUGCUGUUACUCAUCUUCAUCUUUGUCCAAUGGAGUAUUUGCUGAGAUGUGCUCUCUCUCCAUCAACCUUGAAUCAAGCACUACUGAAUUAGUAGUUAAAGAUGGCAACAAGAACAUUAAUCAUGGGGAAGAGUACUGCAGAGAUGGAGACACCACCACCACCACCAAUGAAGGUUCUCAGGUUAGUGAUUGUGGUCAGUCCAAGCUCUGUGUUAGAGGCCAUUGGAGACCUGCAGAGGACUCCAAGCUCAGAGAGCUGGUCUCCCUUUAUGGCCCUCAGAACUGGAAUCUCAUUGCUGAGAAACUUGAAGGCAGAUCAGGGAAGAGCUGCAGACUUAGAUGGUUCAACCAACUGGAUCCGAGGAUAAACAGGAAAGCAUUCAGUGAAGAAGAAGAGGAGAAGCUAAUGGCAGCUCACAGGUUGUAUGGGAAUAAAUGGGCUAUGAUUGCAAGGCUUUUCCCUGGGAGAACUGACAAUGCAGUGAAGAACCAUUGGCAUGUGAUCAUGGCCAGGAAGUAUAGAGAACAGUCCACUGCUUACAGGAGGAGGAAGCUCAACAGGACCUUAAUGGAAGAAGCUACUACACCACCUUCUCACUUUACUCAUCCCUUCUCUUUCCCUCCUCCUCCUCCCAUUGAUGCAUCUCCUUGCAACUUCUCUUCAGAUCAAGCUCAAGCUCCUUUUGAUUUCCUCUCUGUCUCUUCUGGUUCUAAUGAAAAUAAUAAUAAGAAUAAGAGUACUCAAGAGAAGCCAAGCUUUUACAAGGAUGAACCAUUGAUAGGUUUUUCCCCUCACUCUCCUUUCAUGCUUGCAAUGCAACAGUCAAGCUAUCCACACUAUUAUUCAGACUCCAUUGCAGCAGCAGCAGCAGCUCAAGGUUCUUCAACUAGUGCUGAUCAUUCAUCAUCUUGUGAAGGGAAUAUGUCACCACAUUUCAUAGAUUUUCUUGGAGUAGGUGCCACCUGAAUCAAAGUGAACAUCCAAGAAGAAGUCUUAAUUAUAAUUAAUUUGCUGAACUUUAGCUAUCUGUUAUUCACUCUCUUCUUCUUCUUCUUCUUCUUCUUCUUUUGUAACUUGUCAACUUAACUUUGUUGGAACCAGAAACCUUCAAAGUUGGAAAAUAAAAGAUUCUAGAGUUAGUUAACUAGUUUAGCUACUCACUUAGCUCCUCUUUCUUUCCUAUCUUUGCUCUUAUUUUAGCUGACAAAAACUUACUAAAGCAUAGUGGCAUUAUGUAUUUAGUUAUUUCUUGUCAUGUUUCUAUUUCUGCAUUGGAUCCAUUACUACU